UUGCGCCCCAUCUAGUGGUUUGAUUUAGAAAAUCGAGUUUGUACAUUGCUUCGUUUGUCCGCCUUGAGUUUCCGUACCAACCAGCAAACACGCUAAACAUGGCGAUGACUACGAGGGUGCUGUGUUCUGCAUCUUUCCGAUUGUCGUCACGCUUUUUCUCACUGACGGCUGGGACGCCGGCGGGAAGCAAAUGGAGAUUAGAACAUGGUUUAGCUCGCUCUGGAUCAGAAUAUGGCCCCCUCACCGAUUUACCUGACUGGUCUUAUGCUGACGGUCGCCCUGCUCCUGCGAUGAAGGCCCAGGUUCGGAGGCAGAGGGAAAGGGCGGAGUUCGCGAAACGGGUGGUGGCCCUCAGCGAAGAGAUGGACAGGGGGAUACAGCGAUGGAAGCAGGGAAAGGAAGACGCACAAGCUAUGGAGGAGGAGAAGAAGUCAUUACGUCUGAAACCUAAAGGCAGACUCCUUCUGGAAACGAAAAAGUCGAGGGACUCUUUGUAAAUACUGUGAAAGGAUCCAGUUUGCGUCUUCUGGUUCUUCCUCUACAUUUAUACGUAACACAUGUUCAGAAGGCGAAAUCGCCUCAUCCGUGGAUUGUGGGUGAUGGCAAUUCCUGUGGUUUUCAUGCUUUGUGUCUUUGUUUGUCAUUGUACAUUGUAAAACUUUAGAAUCUUUAAAAUGGGGCUCGUCACCUUGUUCUUUCAUAUUCAGAGGCGUUUAUACCACAGAAAGGGUUUGCUACACCUGCCGCUGAACUGCAUUUAUAUAUAUAAAAAGUUACACCAUC